CGUGCCACGGACACAAGUGAGUCGACCAUUCGCAGCUGGCGGCUAUACACAUCUAGCAACCCUUCAUGAAUCAAUAUGGGGGCUUACUACGACGAGAUCGAAAUCGAAGAUAUGGCAUGGGAUGAGGCAAAAGGUGUCUACCAUUAUCCCUGCCCCUGUGGUGACCGCUUCGAGAUCUCUCGCAAGCAGCUCACCAACUGCGAGGACAUCGCAACGUGUCCGAGCUGCAGUCUAAUCAUCAGAGUCGUCUAUGAUCCACUUGAUUUUGAGGACGAAUCUCCAGAUGAUGAGGGGUCUGCAUCACAGGAAAGCGAAGAGGAUGAGGAGGAAAGUGACAACAGCGACGAUGACCAGUUCGAGGAUGCUCUUGAGAAGCUUACUUUAACUGAACCAUCGGCAGCGUUGGUUGCAGCAGCAGCAUAAGAAAUUGAUUUCCUUACUCAUUCCCUCUCGAUGAUGAUAGUCUAUGAUGCACUACGAUAUUAAUGCAUUACUCUGAACAUAUAAUAUUCUCAUGUGAGGUUCAUUGUCAUCGAUUGACAUGAAUGGGAAUCAGUUUCCUUCAUAGCGCGGAUACAAGGGUCGCUCAUACUGGGUAGAUCUCCCUAUACUAGAAAGUGCCCUUUAAAUAUCAACUUUACUUUUGGAACUUGCAGAGUCACAGAUACAACCAGUGAAUCGCGUCAGAAUUCACGACUUAAACCGAGUCAUGUUACAAG